AUGAAAAUAAUGAUUUCAGGUAUCUUCUAACUAUAAUUGAUUGUUUUAGUAAAUAUGCUUGGGUCGAAAAGUUAAAAACAAAAAGUGGUAAAGAAACUGCAGAUGCUCUUGAAAACAUCGUGGCCGCUACUGUAGAUUUGUUAAUGGCUUCAGGUCUUUUGUAAAAUGCAUUUAUUUAGCAUAUUUUUUAUUUAAAAUUGUUAGCGCACUAUUUCGACCAGUUCGACCAUCCAUUUUGACCACAUUUUUUGAUGUGACACUUGCUUUUGGCCAUUUUGAAAAUUGUUGAAAAUCACACAUUUUCGAAGAGUUGAGACACAAAAUCAAUGAAAAUAAGCCUUGAAAUGGCUUGCUGUCACGGCUCAGCUGUUUGCAAAUUGUCUUGCCUCUUACAAUUGCACUAUGAAGUGGCUCUACUCUCGUAUGUAGUUACUACUAAGUUGAGGAACAAACAGUUGGUAAUUCUAACAAGAAAACAGUAUGGUGAAAUGCUCACCGCGUUUCAAAUAAGUUUUGACGUUUUUGUGUUAUUAGCUAGAAAAUGACAGAUUUGUGCCACUUUUAACAUCAAUAUUACCAAUCAAGGUCAAAAUUGCUCACAACAUACGAAAAUCGAAAUUAUGUGUUUACCAAUAUACAAGACUUUGAAAAAGGUUCCCCUCGCUCUGGGAAAGUUCCCCUCACUCGAGUCUGGGAACUCGAUUGUAAUCUAAUUAGAAGAUUUUGCAAUCUAAUUGAAGCAAAUUCUAUUUCAAACGAGUUCGUAUUAGAUUGCAAAGUUUUCUAAUUAGAUUGCGAUCGAGUUCCCAGAGUAUAUAUUAAUUAAUAUUAAUAAGAAUGAUUACUGUAGCUUGUAAUCUGUGCAUUUUGUUCGGUGCCUGCGGACUUCCGCUUGCAACUUGACCAACGACUAAAAACUUUCAGUUGUUGGAAUGCUUGUCCGGUUAUUUCUUCUUGUGUGUUCAUUUCACAAACUAGCGCUCGGGAGCGAUGCUCUCAUUAGACGGUCCGUCUUCCCAUUUCUGGGUAAGUUUCGUAUAUUGAUCAGCGAGAAAUAAAAACCAUUUUGUAGGUGCUGGCGGAUCAGUACCAACCGGAAUGCUGAUAAAACGAGAAUUGUGGCAUUGUGGAAGUGAUCGAACGACCGGUAACAUCUCGUACAACAAUGCUGCCAAAGACUGUCCAUCCCUUGCUGGUACACACAAUUUACACACUCGUCUCACGGCGAACGUUUUUGAUUCUCCCGCUCGUUUUUUGUCGCUGCGUACUUAAUAUGGUUUUUGAUACGGAGUGAUGCAAACGCGGUCGAGCAUGGACACAAAUGCUUGCUCUGCGCCCCGGUGUUUGCAACCUCACGCCAACGUUUCUUUAACUAGGCUUAAAAAUGCAAAAAAAAGCGAGAUGUGGUUUUCAGCUGCAAUCAACCACUGUUGCGCCAUACACGAUGAUUGCUAUGGGCAACAAGCCGGGCAGGAGAAAUGUGACCGAGAUUUCUGCGAGUGCAACCGUGUAAGCGUUUUUAACGAACAAUCAUGUUCUAAACCCGACGUCUAAUUUCCAGAGCUGGUAAAUAUUAUGCAAUGAAAAUUUUUUAAACUACAAAUUCUGAUGAAAAGUAGGCCAAAAUGUUCAGUUUAAUAAAGUUGUGGCAAUUUGAGACACUGUAAAAAAUUCGGGACCUGUGAGUUCAAAUCUGACUUCAAAAAGCGGAUUCCUCAUUCCUCUAAGGAGGUAUCCAAAGAACAAAUUCAAAAAUAAUCUGAUUCUGCAGAAAUUUACCUUCUCAGGCAAAUCGUUUGUGAUCUAGUUAGGAGAUUUCGUAUUCCAAACCGAGUUACGAAUCUAUACUUAGGGGGCGCAAUAAAGGGGGCGUGGCCUGCCGAAUUUUCUCCCCGGUCGCGCCCGCGCAUGUUUGAGGGCCAGUACCGAGGUGGCGAAAACUAAAAUGGAAGUUAGUCUGAGAGCCACUGUGGCCGGAGUUUGUGCAACACGCGGCUUCUGAGAAGUGAUUCUGACAGUUUAAGGGAUGGGGAAUCCGUUUUUGAAAUAAAAUUCGAAUUUCGUUCCGGCAAACAUUGUUUCUUAGUCCGUCAAAGUGCCAAAAAAGUAUUAAAAAAAAAUUUUUUUUUUGUGUUCGAUUGAGUAGACCCCAUUUGGCCGAAUUUCUUGUUUUUCGAUAAUUUGAAGGUCGGAAACAGCCAACACGCGGCUUUUCUCCACGGAAUCGGAUUCAGUGUGAAAUUCUCUACAAAAUCCAACAAUUUAUUCAAAAUUUCAGCCCGGCAAACAUCUUCAAAUUUUCACAUUUUUGCGCUGAAAUUCCGCAAAAGUCUCAUAAAAAAAAUGAAUGGCGAACACCGAGCUUCUCAUCGCCAUUGGCGUUCGCCGCGCCUCCGCCCGGUUGGCGCAGUGGCAGAGUGCUCACUCGGCAGUCUGGAGGUGUCGGGUUCGAAACUUUUGAUCUCGAAAGUUGUUUUGCUUUCUUAGAACGUCAAUUCUGUUCACUUAAUAUGUUGCCUCUUUGGUGUCUUCCACCAAACAGCGACACGAAUCGCCUGCCAGCGAGACUCCGACGUCUCCUAGGCCGCCGACCGGGGAGAAAACAGGGCAACUUUGAAGGGAUGUACCGAAAAUUUUUUCAAAAAAAAAUUGGGAAUGUACUAUUUUUAAGCACUAGAACACAUUCCGAUAAGUGUUUUCCAGAAAUUCACAAGUUUGUUAAUCACUUUGUGGCCCCUAAAUUUAACAAUCUAAUCUUUACCUGUUGUAAUCGAAAAUAACUAAAGAUAGAUUGAACUCGGAUUACCGGAGUAAACGCUAGCCAUUAUUUAAAAACAAGACUUAGAACCUAGGCCCGCUGCGCUGGUCGAGCUUACGCUUUUUUGAUUCUCAGAACUCAGAACCAUUGAAAAUUCGCCUUCAUUUGGUAACUUCUCCGUCAACUAUUUCUGUUUUAAAAAAAGUGGGGACGGAAAACCGGAGAAAUAGACAAAGCAGGGUAUCCGCUCUCCUUUCCGUUUCUCCUUAUAAUUAUGUUUCAGAUGGUGACUCGUCUUCCCACAGAAGAAGGAUUCAAAUGUCGCGGAGCAGGAGUAGAUGCGUGCUUGAUUUUGGAGUUUUUCGGAGCUUUUGCAUAUGGCAACUCCAACUACUCGGAUCCAACAAAACCGUCGGGAAACGUGCUUUCAAUUCCAAAAUCCGUUCCUAAUUUAGACAAAACUUAUCUUGAUCUUUACGCAACAUGUCCGUUCGUGAACAGUGAGUAUUGUUUGUACACUCAAUAUACCCCUCUACAAGCCUCUCGGCAAUUACCCGCUUUAACGCAUUUUCCACUAAAAGCUGCUAUUAUCAUUCUAGUACAUAUAUUAUUAGGGAAGUUUUUUCUAGUAGGGAAAAUUCUGGAAAAGAAUCAGGGUGAUACUAUAAAGUGUGGAGAGCAUUUUAAGAUCUUAAAAUUUGGCUUAAUGUCUCUGGAAACUUCUAGAAAUUUCCUCAGGUUUUUGCACCUGAAAUUGAUGUUUUGGCGGGCGGAAAAGUCCUCCGAAAAGUGUUCUCGAAUGUAUAUUUGCUCAAAAUGAGCGCAUGUUCUCAAACGUUUUUCUCCCGUUUUGACAUUGUCUUGGUAAUACUAUUCACGCCGUUUUUGCAGUAACCUUAGCUUCAUGCGCAGUCAACUUCGAUCUUUGUGCCGUUGUGCAUUCAUCAGACUUUUGUGCCAAUGAUGUGAGUGGAAAAAAGAAAUAUGAUAAUUUAAAAAAUAAUUAGUUGUGCCACUGCAUGCUCGAUGCUGCUGAGUCGGACCCGAUCCAUAAACACCAAUGUUUGGAAUCCGUGGCUCACAUGUGCCGAAUUGUAUUAAAACGUAAAUUUUGAAAAUUCACACUCUUUUACUCCUCAUCUUUGCAGAUUCAACUGAAGCUUUAACCUCUCGAACAAUCACUAAAAAAAUUUUUAUGGUGAGCUAUGUUCUUCUGAUUGAAACCCUUAAACCCUUUAUUAUCUUUUAUUAUAUUUCAAGGUAAAUGCGCUCUGACCUCUCUAUUCGUGAUUUCCGGGGCCUACUUUUACAGCUCCGAACUUCAGUUGUUCUUCAUUUAAAUUCUAUCUGAAUCUCGACAGUUUACUCUGUCUGUGUUCUUAGUUUUCAGCUAUUUACUUUGAAUUGCGUAGUAGAAAGUUGACAAUAUUUUAUUUCAGAUGGCUGUGCUCGUUCUCGCUGCGGCUUCAACUGGGUGCUGCCUAUUUUUUAUGUAUACGAAAGCUUCCAAUGACAAAAAACGACGUGAUGAAAGUAAGGUUUCACGAAUCGAAGGAUCACUUUGAAUUUUCCAACAUUAGAAUAGUAUGCAAUCUCGGGGAAUCUCGAAGUAGAUAAAACUGCUCAAUUAAUUUACGGCAAGUUGCCGCACACUGCGGCGCACAGUAAUUGCAAGUUAUAUUUCGCACGCCGGAAGGCUUAAGCCCUCAUGCUCGAUACGUGUCACACCCUUGCCGUAAAUUCUCAGAGUGGAUACCGUUUUUCUGGCAAAUCAUGUGCAAUAUAAUUAGAAAGCGUAAGCGUUCGAAUCUAAUUGAAAUGAGUUUCAUUUAUGCAUCUAAUAAAGGGGUGUACUAGCUCGGAUUGGUAAGACAGCUUUAUUGAGGAACAUGAUGAGGCGGGAAGACCUAGAGUACAGGCGAUGGGGGUUUAUAUAGUGAUUCGGAAAGGGUGGAGCCGGUGCUGCCGGAAGUGGAGGCGUUGUCGAUCAGGCGAUGCCGGUCGUGGAGCUGGCGACCCGAUCUGAAAGCAUUCCAGUUAGAGUGUGUGAUGGGAAGCGAGGCGCAGCGCGCGUGGGCUCGGAGGCGCGUGGGAGACGCUUCUAAUAGAUUUGCUCGGACUGUAGCUUCCUGGUCUCAGGAAUGCGUGUGUCAUAGGGCAAAGUGCGACCGGGGAAGCUGCCUGGGAAAGGGUAUUCUGAUGUGCCUAAUAAGGGUUGACCUAUCCCUUAAAACCUUAUUAGAGGCUUCUUUAAUUCCAGACUUGCCAAAUCCCGGGCCAGCAAAUCGUCGGCCCGGUCGGCCCGGAAGUUAGACCUCAAAAAAAAUAUGCAAAAAAAAAAUGAAGGAAGAGGAAAACGCGUGCGGCAAAAUUGCUAAAAUGGCGUGCCAGAGUUGCAAUCAAUCGCUCCGCCCACUCUUGAGAAAAUUUUCGUAAUUUUUGUGAACAUUUUGCGACUUUAAACAGCAAUUUCUAUUUUUUAACAGGUUUUUAUGCCAUAACAUUACCUUUUUCGUCUUUUUUUCUAUUUCUGCUGGUUUUUACAUUGAAUCUUCGAAAUUGAAGCAAAACGACGAUAACGUAGGCCGUUUUCAAAGUUUGGUGGGUAAAAAUGGACGAAGAAAAAGUGCUUGAAGAAAACGGCGGUCGCUUUGAAUUUUUAGGUGCAUCCUCCCGGGCCGCGGGCCGGGCCGGGCCGGAAAAUUUCCAAUUUUGGCCCGGCCCGGCCCGGCCCUGUUGCAAGUCUGUUUAAUUCUAACAGAAUGUAAUAAGACUCUUUCACAAUCUAAUAACAAAUUUUGCUUUUCCAGAAAAAUUUUCAAUCUAGUCACCGUCCCCAGAGCUGACAAUGGGCGCAAGUGCGCCCCGCCCAAUAGAGCGAUACAAAUUUUAAAAGCAAAGUUUGUGUUUUUUGCCAGAUAAGCCACGAAAACCCGAUAAUUUCUCAUUUGUCUUUCGAUAGACCGAUUGUAUAGGCUAUUACGAAUUUUUUAUUUUUUUCUAAUUAGAUUGCAAUUCAAAAAAAAAUAUAUUGUAAUCUAAUACGAUUUUACUGGAACUUCAAUUAAAUCUAAUUAGAUUGCGAAAUAGAGCUUUUUCUUAUUAGCUUGCAAACUCUUCUAAUUAGAUUGCAAUCGAGUUUCCAGAGGCGUUAAAUUUUGACAAGUCGCAAAUCACAUUUAUCCAUUUGAAGGUUUUCGGCUAAAACUGCGUAAAUUUCAGUUGCUUUUCGGUAGUUUUCGCGGUUCAAACGCUCAAAAUGAUUGCAUUUACGUGAUUUAUCAUUCUCAAAACCAAUUCUGUCUGAAAACGGUCAAGAAAGCGCAAAAUGAGAAGUGCGGUUUUUAGGCGGCAAUCGGCGGCUAUCGGCGGCGAAGGCGGAAAAGCAAAGUCCGCGAAAAAGGCGCCAAAACGUCAUUAAUUCUGAGAAUUAGUGUGUUUUCAUGUCGAACAAUUAUUUCUCAUCGCGUUUGACCACAAAAAUCGGAGAAAACCUGUUCAAUUCAUGAAAACGCCAUUUAGCCGAGGCCACGCCCAUAUUGUCAGCUGUGGAGACCGUGCAGUGAGAAUAAUUUGCAUUCUAAUAGCACUAACACGGCGUGCUGAAACGUAUGUGUUGGUACCGCAACGGGUUUCACGAAACUCGCAAUUUCUAUAAAAUUCUUGUUGGAAUGUGUUCCCCUCUAUAUGAGUACGCGCCCAAUUUUUUUUCAAAAAUUUUCGGUACAUCCCGAUUUACACCGCUCCAAAGUCGCCCUGUUUUCUCUCAGGUUGGCGGCCGAGGAGGGGGCGGAGUCUCGCUAGUAAGUUUGCCGCACGCGUUUUUUGCCCUUGUCUGGUGGACUAAACCAAAAAGUCAACAUUUUAAAUGAACAGAAACGAUGUUCUAAGAAAGCAAAACAACUUUCGAGGUCAAAAUUUUCGAACCCGGCACCUUCAGAUUGCCGAGUGAGCACUUUCCUACUGCUCCAGCGGAGGCGCCGAGCGGAGGCGCCGAGCGAAGGCGCGCCGGCCGCCAUUGGCAUAGAAAAGCUGGCUGCGCGCGGCCUUCUUCUUGGUGUCAAAUUAGUGUUUUUGCGCGCUCAAAUCCAAAACUGUUACACUUUACAGUCACUUUUCAAAAAACGGAAAUAGAAAGAGCCACGCCCCCUCCUUUGCGCCCCUAUUAUAGGGGCACCGAACAGAAAUGGCGCUCUGUUGAGAAACUCUUUUUGCAGUGCAAAUUGAGCGACCUCGGGGCCGAGUUUGAAAAGUUAGGCCACGUUUUCAGUGGAAAAUUACUUCGCGGCCUAGAAAUUCUGCCAGAUUGCGAACAGCGCGCCCUUUCUGUCCGGUGCCCCUAUAAUACGUAUGUGCGAGAAUAAAAUCGAGAUCAUCUUCCGCUAUCUCGCAAUGAAAAUGUUGCCCGAGAGUUUCUCAUGGUCACAUUUUUCGUUGCGGAUACCGUCUUGCGAGGGUGCAUGCGCGUGCAGUGAGGAGAGGAAGAAUGUUCGUCCACCGUCCCGCUUAUUUCGCCGGUUGGCGGCACGCUCUCCAACUCUUUUUCCGGGGCUACCCCGAACCAGAACUGCCCAGGAUCGGAACAGAGUUUUUUAUGGGGCUAUUCAGGGGAUGAAAAAAUGAAUGUUUUCCGUUUUUUUUCCCCCCUAUUCAGCGAUGUCAAAAAAUGGAAAAAAAAACGGAAAGAAAUUCAUCGCUCGCAGCGUUUUUUUCCGGCGGGUCUCGUAGCGAUUUCCCGGACGCGAAGCAUGCGGCUACUGUGAGAGACGUUUUAUGAGUGGAUUUACGAGAAGAGGGAAUUUUUUUCUAAUUUUUGAGCGAAAUUGCCACGUUUUCCCGCUAUUUUCAACCGAUUUUCAACUGAAUUUCAGUUCUUAUUUAUCUGUUAUGGUAACUGUUGCGAAAUUGCCACGUUUACCGCUAUUUCCGACCGACUUCGAUUGAAUUCUUUUUUUGGAUAGUUUCGAGUGCCUCGUCAUAUCGUUCAAAACAUUGAGUUUUUCAGUGAAAAUCGGUUCAAAAUAGCAGGAAAACGUGGCAAAUUCGCUGAGAAAUUAGAAAAUUUUUCGUAAAUCCACCCGUUCUCGUAAAUCCACUCAUAAAACGUCUCUCACAGUAGCCGCAUGCUUCGCGUCCGGGAAAUCGCUGCGAGACCCGCCGGAAAAAAAAACGCUGCGAGCGAUGCAUUUCUUUCCGUUUUUUUCCAUUUUUUGACAAUAGGGGAAAAAAACGGAAAACAAUAAUCUUUUCAUCCCAUGAAUAGCCCCAUUAAACGAAAACCACGUGCAGAUAGGUUUUGUUUCAGGACAGUUCCGAUCCGUGGCACAGUUCUGAUUCGGGGUAGCCCUCUUUUUCGUGCGCCAAAACUUUAGAUGCGUGCCGUGCUGUUUGAAGAACACUGAUUCAUUUUUCCUAAUUUUUUGGGAAUGAGUUCAUUAUGGGGUUAUUCAGGCUGUAAAAAAAUGAUUUUUUUUCCGUUUUUUUACGUCAAAAAACCCAAUUCAGCGGUGUAAUGGGGCUAUUCAGCGUAUGUUUGUUUUCCGUUUUUUUUUUUAGUUUUUUUACAUCGCUGAAUUGGAUUUUUUGACGUAAAAAAAAACGAAAAAAACGGAAAACAAUCACUUGUUCACAGCCUGAAUAACCCCAUAAAAAAACCAAAAAAACGGAAAACAAACAUACGCUGAAUAGCCCCAUUAUGAUUGUAACUCGCAAGAAUCAACAAGAAACUCGCAGGAAUUCUUGCGAGUUUUUCGUUGCUGUUUGAUAGUUUUGAUCAUAAAAAACGGCCAUUACUCAAUGACUUCCAGAUUUUUUUACUUUUUUACUUAAUGACUUUUGUACUCACUGAGGUAAAUCGUUUGUAAUCUAGCUAGCUAAUUCGCGUUUCUAACCGGACCUAAUUAGAUUGCUAAUUUACUGCGAUUAGAUUGCAAAUUCUUGUAACUGGACUGAUAAAUUUUCUAAUUAGACUGGCGAAGCUAAUUAGAUUGCAAAAAUGCUGAUAUUAGAUUCAAAAUUUAUCUAAUUAGAUUAAAAUUUCGGGCAAAACCUAGCUAGAUUUUGUUUAGAUUGCAAAAUCAGCUAACUUGAUUUAGAAAUCGGUAGCAAUCUAACUAGGUCCGGUUAGAAAGUUAGAUUAUAUACGAUUUGCCUGAGCAAUGACUUCCACACUGAAUGACUUCCGCGCUACUCAAUGACUUUCACACUCAAUGCGAGAGAAAUACCAUUUGCGCGGUUGAAGAGAGAGACGAAGACGAAAAAGUUACUUUCCAUGAGUAAAUUAGUAAUCUAAUUAAGUCCGUCUAAAAACACGAAUUGACUUGCUGGAAAAAUCAGCAAAAUUCGGGAGAAUUUUUUUUCAGAACUGGAGACUUUGGGAACAUAAAUCCCCCACUGAGCUUUAAAAAAUGUUGCAUUUGUACUGCACGACACCUUUAAGAGAGCGCAUAAAUUGGUAAUACUUUCAGACAAAUAUCUGCACAUUCAUACGGUGGAGUCAUCAAGGUCUAUGAAUCCACUUCUCUAUAAUACCGACUGA